CCCGGGUUCUGUUGGGUUAUCAGUGGGACAGAUCCCGCGGUCUUUUGCAGCUCAUAUAAAAGCUGUCAACGUUCGGGUUGAGUUCUGUCCCGUUUCAGGUUUGCUGUUUGACUCCGUGGACGCCGGAGUUUGGCUCCGUGACCACCGAGCGUCCCCGGCGGAUCUUUGUGACGCUCUGAAGUGGAUGGCCCAGACGGACAGAGAUGAGCUGGGCUGAGGAGGAUUGGACGGUGGGCCUCUCUGGGAGGGUCCUGCAGAAGGUGAAGGAGCUGCAGGUGUUUAAGGAGCGACUGUCCAGAGAGAACAAGCAGAAGCAGCUGCAGCUGGACAACAUUCAUACCAACCUUGAAAAACAAACAGCGAAGUAUGAGGCGGUCCGUGGGGAGCUGCAGUUUGUUCAGAGAGAUCUGCAAAGCGUUCGGGAGGAGGCCGAGGCGGCCGUGAUCGGCAAAGAGCGCCUCGCCCAGGAACUUCACACCAAGCAGGCCCAGGUCUGCUCUCUGGAGGGGCAGCUCGACGCGGCUCGUAACCAAAACAUCCACCUCAGCCAAGAAAUCAAGAGAUUGGAAGCUGAGCUGGAAAAGCUGCAGAACAGCAGCCGGCGCGCAGACACCACUCUGUUUUCCACACCCUGCUGGACUGCAUCCUCACCCUGGGAACACAAUGGGAGCAGACAGGAAGACAGAUCCAGGCAGCGGGAUGAAGGACAGAGCCGGGGUCAUCAUAUCAGACAGCGGCUCCAGUUUUCAGAAGCGUCCGCACCUUCGCUGCCUCGACAGCAGCACAAGAGCACACCGCUCCGCCACCCAUCCGACCAGUCGGAUGUCUUUUCCACACCUUCGGCAGUGUUUCCAUGGGAACGAGAUGACUCUGGACCUGCAUCCAGAAGACGACCCGCGUCUUCUCCUCAGGCGCCGAGCCCUGAGGUCCUGAAUCAAGGCCGAUUGGACCGGAGUUCUGAAGAAAAGGUCCACAAGAUGGAAACAGACAUAUCUUCAUCAGAGCUGCAGAGUCGUCUCUCGGCUCUGGAGGACCAGCUGUCUGAGAAGGUCGGGAAUCUGAAGACGGUCCAGAAUGAAAUGGGGCUGAUGAAGAAGGAGCUCGCUGUUAAAGAGCUGGACCUGCAGAAAACCCAGGUGGAGCUCAACAUGGCGCACACACGGAUGGCUCAGGACAAAGAACGGGUAUCAGAAGCCGAGCACAAGCUGAAGCAGCUUCAAGAGGAGCUCAAGUGCCAGAGGCAAAAUGCAGAGAGCAGUCGGCUUCAGCACCAGCAGCGCACCAAGGAGCUGGAGAAAGUGCAUCAGAAGGAUUUGGCGGAGCUGCAGAAGGAGAGGCAGUGUGUGGAGAAGCAGCACCAGCAGGAGGUGAAUAAGCUGAACCAGGAGCUGCAGCAGGCCAGGUCGCUCCACAAUGCUAUGCAGGCCCAGGCUGACAAGCUAACUCUGCAGAAGCAGGCAUUGGACAAAGAGCUGGACUCUCUGAAGGAGAAGCUGAAGUGGACGGAGGAGCAGCUGAAGGAGAGCCAGAAGAAAGAGACUCAGACACAAGCCAAGCUGACGGAAGCCGUACGUGAGGCGGAGGGUGUGGCAGUAACCCUGGAGCAAAGCAGGAAGAGAGAGCGAGCUCUGGAGGAGGAGGGGAGGAAACUGCAGGAGGAGCAAGCUGACACCCUGCGUCUCCUCAAAGAACUGCAGGAACAAAAAGCUCCUGCAGCUUCGACUCAGCCUGCACCGUUUGGACCCGUUGGACAGAGUUUUUCCUCUCUGUCUCGAGCCGCAGCCCACAGGAGGACCGCAGCUUCCCAGUCAGAGCAGAACAGGGAUGGGAGCAGGGCGGAGGUCACAGCAGCAUGUCCUUCUGCCAGAGAGCCUGGGGAGGGAAUCGAAGCUGAGCAGAUCAGCAUCACAAACUCUGAGCGUCAACAGAAAGUGGGGCAAAGAGAAGAAGCUGAUAAAGAUGGAGAGAGCCGGAGAAACAGCGCAGAUAGAGCAACAACUGCUGAACACCCAGCUGCGACAGGAGGUCUGAAGAUCGAACAUGCACAACUUCCUAAAUCUGAUGAACCCGCUUCAUCUCAGGAAUUCAAGAGGGAGAACGACAGCCUCCGCUCGGAGCUCCGCGAUGUCCGUGAAGAACUCCAGAGAAGGCUGGAGGACCUGGAGGCCCAGCGGCGGGCCGAGACGGAAGCGAGGACGCGCCUCAAACAGCUCAGCCGCAAGCACUCCACCCAGGUGGCGGAGAGGGAGGAGAGAGAGAAGGACCUGAAGGUAAAGCUGGAGAAUGAGAAGGCUGAGACGGAAAGGCUGAAGAAGAGCGUUGCUGCUUUGGAGGCAGAGAUGAAGAGAAGCAGAGAGGAGGCAGAGAAGGAGGAGAAGCAGGAAGAGGAGACGAGUACCACUCAAAACGACAGAGAGAGUGAGCUUGUCGAGCUGAACAUUCAGCUGAAAAAUCAGCUGGCAAUGGUGAAAGCUCAGCUAGCUUUGGAACGAGAGGAACGAAAGACGGAGGAAGAGGAGAGAAACCAAAGGAUGAACACAGAUUCUGAUGUGAACACAGAGCUGAGCGUGAAGCUCGCAGAGAUCAUGGCUGAAGUCAAGGAGCUGAAGCACAGACGAGAAGAAGACUCAGUGGAAGAUGAGAAGCUUUCCACCUCCAGCAGCCCCCUACCCAGCCUUCCUGACGACGAACUCACCUCCAACACCGGUUGCUCUGACAACAGUCUCCUCUCCUCCCCAGAGGAGCACCUCCUCUUCUGCGAGUCUACCAACCAACGCAACGCUCUCCUGUCCACAGAAACUGAAGACAUUCUCCAUCUCAGCGGUCAAACAACCAAAGAAACAUUGGAUCAGAUCAAGCUUUCUUCAUCAGACCUCCAGCGGGAUCAGCCCCCAACCUCUGACCUCACUAAGGUGGUGGAGAUACUGCAGAAAAAGUGUGCAAAGGAGUCAGAGCGGGCCAAAAAGUACAGAGAUAAAUUUGAGGCCCUGCAGAUCCAGGUAACGCGUCAGACCAAAGAGCUGACCACUGCCUUCGAGAAGCAGAGUCAGCACAUCUUAGGCCUUCUUGCUGAGCUGCAGGAGAAAGAGAGCGCCCUCUUGAGCCAGGGAGAGGAAUUGAAGCAAUGCAAGCAAGAGUUGAAAGAACUGAAGCAGGAACAAAUCAAUGUGGCAACGCUGACAGCUGACAGAGAGACUGAAGAGAGAAAGAGAGAUGAAGAGCUUACAGAGAAAUCAAAACUUAUACAAAAAGAAAAGGCUAUUGCUCCUCUUCCCUCUUCAGACUUAAAUAUUCAAAAAGAAACAAUUCAGCCCAGCGUGGAGGAAUGUGAAGCUGAAAUACCUCCACCUGUUGGUGGUGAAGGUGCAGCUGUAACUUCUGGAGAGAGGUCUACAGUCAGUCCAUGUGACUCUGUUGGUGAGGAGGAAGCGAUUCAGCUCAGUCAACAUGGAGAGAGAGUCGACACGUUAGCAGAACUUCAUGUUCUCAGGCAGGAAAAGCAGCUGCUGCAGCAGAGAGUCAGGGAUUUGACUAACAUGGACACCAGAGACCAAACUUCACAGACUGACAGUGAGAAUCAGAACAACACAGAAAACACGGCCUGCUUGGCAGGGGAAGAUCUGCUCAAGAAUGAGGCAGCGACAGACCAGCAGCUGCUAAUAAAUCUGAAGAGGAGCAAUGAUGAAGGUCAAGAUUUGGAAGGAGAAAACACAAGCAGCAUGAGUGGUGAAAGAAACGCAGAGGACAUGACUGAGAUUCAGAUAAACCGCCUGCAGGAACAGGUGGAGGCGCUGCAGAGACGAGUCAGGACUCUGACUGAGGAGACCGAGGUCCAGGCCCAGGAGCUCGCCUUAUGGAGACUAGCGUCCCAGCCCGCCUCGGCAGUCCAACACUUACUCACCAACGCAGAUGAUGAGAGCGAAAUGCUGCGACGCAUUCCUGCUGCCAGUCGGCCUGAACCCACAGAAGAGCCGACCAAACGCCUCGCUCAGACCGGCCACAGCCAGGUCCAGAAGAACCCGGACGUGGUCACGGUCAUCAGGGAGGAUGAAGUAUCGCUCUGCUGCUCCUCUAGAAAGCUGCAGGGUCGCCUGCUGUUCUCCAGGCUUCAGAACAGCAGCCUUCCUGAACCAAAGAGCCUCCGUUUGCCUAAGAAGUCUCUUCAGGAACAGACCCGGAGCGGUGCAGAGUUUGACCCGGAAUCUGAAAAAGAAAACCAGGAGAUAAACUUGCAUUGGUCAGAAAGUUAUCCAGAACAAAACAAAUUGAAAAAAGAUGCUAAACUCAUCCAAGUGUCAUCGCAGAAGAUUGCUCAACACCAUGGAGCCAAAGAUCUCAGCAUCUCAGGAUCAAGUCUAAGCAAAGUGCAACAUUUCUACACAGAAACUCAACAGACCAAACUGGACUCCUUCAGAGGAGCCGGUGACUUUGAAACACCGAUUUACCCCGGCGACAGUAAUAUGAAGGUAGAAGCUGUGAGUGUCGGCAGUCAAACUGAGGGCAGUUUGCUUCCUUGUGGAGUUUCUACGGCGUCUGCAGCCACUCAGACUGAGCAGGACUUCAGUGAUGAGGAAGAGUCAGUCGAAUCUCCUCCUGUUUCUCCCGUUUCUUCAGCGGAGAAGAUGGAAGCAGGGGAGAAAAUGUUGCUCUCAGGUUCUUUUCCCAUCCCGUCCGAUCCGGCUCGUCUCGCUGAAAGGAUCCGCCGCAACAGGACGCAGCUGUCGGCCGCCUUCGAUGACACGGAGUACGAGCCGUACGGCCUGCCAGAGGUCGUCAUGAAAGGUUUUGCUGACAUCCCCACCGGCCCGUCGUGCCCAUACAUUGUGAGAAGAGGUUUGUUAGGAACAGUUCAACCUUUGUCUAAGAAAGAACCGCGAGAAGACGAGGAGACAGAUUAAAGCAAAGCAUCAGAUCUAGCAGGAGGAGCUGGUCACUUUGGGAGGAUUCUCUCCUCUGUUUGUUACCCUGCAGGUAACUGGGCCUGACGAGCUGCACUCCUCCACCUCGGUUCUGAACGGCUUUAAUUGUCCCAAGUUCACCCUGAAGUUGCUGUGCAGAGACUCUGCCGGUAAUCCACACCCACCUGUGUAAUCAGACUGUAGGUUUGGGAUUUAGUGACGUUUGUUUCUGUUCUUGAACCUCUCCUCCAAAAGGAUUGUUUUGUUUUCUUCCCACUCCUGCGUCGGGGGGCUUCAGCUUACCUUGAAUUGAACAGUGCCUCGUCGACGUUUUUCUAAACCUGUCCAGAUAAGCUUGACUUGUUUUCCAAGAGGGUCGAUCCAAAAGUGAGAACACGUUUAAAAUUUUCCCGUUUCAACUUGGUAAGCUUUUUUAUUUAUGGACACUUGAAUGUGUUUUAUUAGUGCGUGGGAGGGAUGAACGUUUACAGAAGUGUGUGUGAAAAACAUUAGCUGUGAAAAUUAACAUGCGUGUCCUCAUCUUGAUGUCACUGUUUGUAUAUACAGUAAGUGGGCGUGUGUGCUGGGUGAGCACACGUCUAUGAGUCAGUGUAACCUGCCCUGGUUUCCGCUCCAUGUAUGGAGAUGCACACUGAGCUCCUUCUCUCCUCUCUGUCCUGCUAUGCUUCCCCGUCCUACACUAACAAACACUCUAACACUAGCU